AUGAGUGGAUCCUUUGAUAAGAAGAUUGCCAGCAUUUUGACUGACAUUUCCAGCUCACUCAGUUGCCAUGCAGCCACCAAGGACUCCCCUACGUUUCCUGAAUUACCUAUUACGGACCUGGAAUGCUACAGCACCCCACUUACUCAACAUGUAUAUUACACCAGUCAACCUUAUACUCAACCUUUGAACCACUAUGCAUACCAACCUCAAUUUAACUUCAAUGGGAUUGGGGCUGCUGGGACAUAUUCCCCUAAAUCUAAUUAUCCUUAUUGCACCUCAUAUAGGCAAUAUGGAUCUUUCCGGGAUCAGCAGUUGCCUAGCCAAGAAACAGUUUCAGUGAAGGAAGAAUCUGAAGUGCAGAUAGUCAAUGGAAAACCCAAAAAAAUCCGAAAGCCCCGCACAAUUUACUCCAGCUACCAGCUGGCUGCUCUGCAAACACGAUUCCAAAAGGCACAGUAUCUGGCAUUGCCAGAGAGGGCAAAGUUGGCUGCACAACUUGGACUGACCCAAACUCAGGUAAAAAUCUGGUUCCAGAAUAGAAGAUCCAAAUUUAAGAAAUUGUACAAAAAUGGAGAGGUCCCCUUGGAAGACAGCCCAAAUAACAGUGACUCCAUGGCUUGCAAUUCUCCACCAUCUCCCACCCUCUGGGACAAUAACUCUCAUAAUAACCCAGCCAGCAGAAGCCAAAUCCCCCAGCCACUCUCUUAUAACUCUCCCCCAAGCUACUUGGAACAUCACAAUUCUUGGUUCCAUCAUCAGAACCUGAACGGGCCUCACAUACAACAACAGGGACCUCCGCCCACUUCUGGCUCUAUGCAUCACCCAUCUCCAGGGCCUCCUCCCAAUCCUGGAGCGGUUUAUUAA